CGUUGCCCAGGAAACUAGGGCUGGGCACCCUCAGUAACUGGCGGGAGGCGGCAGGCCCGAGUCAGGGGCCUGGAGAUUGAGAUCGGGCUUGGGCCCAGAGCAUGUUUCAGAUCCCAGAGUUUGAGCCGAGUGAGCAGGAAGACUCCAGCUCUGAAGAAAGGGGCCAGGGCCCCAGCCCCACAGGGGACCAGCUGGGUCACAGCAAAACAUUAUUAAGCUUCCUGCGGGACGCCAGUCACCAGCAGAGGCAGCUGAGCCGUAGCAGCUACCAUGGAGACGCUGGGGCUACGGAGACCCGGAGUCGCCACAGCUCGUAUCCAGCAGGUAUGGAGGAGGAGGAAGGUUUGGAAGAGGAGCCCAGCCCAUUCCGGGGCCGCUCACGCUCAGCGCCUCCCAACCUCUGGGCUGCUCAGCGCUAUGGCCGAGAGCUCCGGAGGAUGAGCGACGAAUUCGUGGAUUCGUUCAAGGGUCUUCCUCGCCCGAAGAGCGCGGGCACAGCGACAAAGCUGUGGCAGAGCUCCACCUGGACACGCGCCAUCCAGUCCUGGUGGGAUCGGAACUUGGGGAGAGCAGGCUCCCCCCCCUCCCAGUGAACUUCCGCCCCACAUCACUGGAACCCCACCCACUCCGCCUCAGUGGACGGCCUUCUUGGGUGUGGGCGGAAGUCUUCUGCAGGCCUUGCACAAGAGGAUCUGUUCUAUCCCUUUCGUAGGGAGGCGGUCUGAGAGCCCAGAAGUCUUGACGGUUCCAGCCGCCGCUGCUGCCGGAAGUCGCCCAGCCACUAGCGCUUGGUGCCCAGGGCGCCUGCGCCAAGAAGCACGCUGAGAUUAACCGUUCCGCUGCCAGCUCCUUUUCUGCGGCAAUGUUGCACGCCUGUGCCCGCCGCAUGUGUGUUAAUAAAGCCCGGCUUGUGCCGCUA